CGGCAGAGACAGCAAUGCGUUUGGAAUCCAUUUUUGACUCCAUUUUAGAGUCGUUUCAGAGAAAGACUUCUUUCGCAGAAAUUUCGGAAAAAAUUUCAAAAAAUCUUCAAAAAAAUCAGAUUUCGGCGAAAAGUCUUUACUUUUAGUUUAUUUUUGAAUCAAUUUAUAAUACAUUUUUGUUUUUGUUUCGUAAAACUGAUUAAAAAAUAACAUAAAACUCCAAAAAAUCCAAAAAAAUUAAAAAAUUCGUCAAAAAGUAACAAAAAAAUCGUAAAAUCUUCGAAAAACCCAAAAAUAUUUGCUUUCGUUUCGCCGAAAAAGACUCGACUUUAAGACAAUGAACCCGAGCGGUCCCUCGUAUCCGAUGGCGUCGCUCUACGUCGGAGACCUCGCCUCCGACGUCACGGAAGCGAUGCUCUUCGAGAAGUUCUCGACGGCCGGACCCGUGCUCUCAAUCCGCGUCUGCAGAGAUAUGAUUACUCGCCGUUCGCUCGGCUAUGCGUACGUCAACUUCCAACAGCCCGCCGACGCCCUUCCACUGCGCUCCUCGUCUGCGCAUCCCUUCCCUAACCCUAACCAUCUUUCUAUGCCCGCAGCCGAGCGCGCGCUCGACACCAUGAACUUCGACGUCAUAAACGGGCGUCCGGUGCGCAUAAUGUGGUCCCAAAGAGACCCCUCUCUGCGGAAGUCUGGCGUCGGAAACAUUUUCAUCAAGAAUUUGGACAAAAGUAUUGACAAUAAGAUAAUGUACGACACGUUCAGCACUUUCGGGAAUAUCCUGUCGUGUAAAGUGGCGCAGGACGAGGACGGCAACAGUAAAGGCUACGGAUUCGUUCACUUCGAGUCGGAAGAGGCGGCCACGAACGCCAUCCUGAAGGUGAACGGAAUGCUUCUGAACGGCAAGAAAGUGUUCGUCGGCCGCUUUGUGCCGCGAAAGGAGCGCGAGAAGCACAUGGGAGAGCGCGUGCGUCUCUUCACAAACGUCUACGUGAAGAACCUGUCGGAAGAGUACGACUCGGACGAGAAGUUGCGCGCGCUUUUCGAGCCCUACGGAGAGAUCUCUUCGGCGAAAGUGGUUCCCGACGACAGC